CUUCGGCUGCUGCCAGUCGCCCCAAGAUGGCGGACACAAUGAGGAGGCGCCGCGCCGGUUGCCCCUGAGGCGACUGAGGAGGCAGAAUCAGCGGGCCUCACGCCGCGGGCGGAAGGACGUUACCCGAGGAGAAGGCGGUGGAGGCAGACUGACGGCCGCUGUAGGGCUGGUCAGCGGCCAGGCGCCCGCCGCGCCCGGAUCGGCCCCCUCCGCAGCAGCCCGUCCGCCCGCCAGCCUGCCGCCCGGCCCCGCCCCGGGCCUGCGCCGCCGCCGCCGCCGCCAUCGCCAUGAAGCUGACCGACAGCGUGCUGCGGAGCUUCCGCGUCGCCAAGGUGUUCCGCGAGAACUCGGACAAGAUCAACUGCUUCGACUUCAGCCCCAACGGCGAGACGGUCAUCUCGAGCAGCGACGACGACUCCAUCGUGCUCUACGACUGCCAGGAGGGCAAACCAAAGAGAACCUUGUACAGUAAGAAAUAUGGCGUGGACCUCAUCAGAUACACUCAUGCAGCAAACACAGUUGUUUACAGCUCUAACAAAAUAGACGAUACUAUUCGUUACCUGUCCUUGCAUGAUAACAAAUACAUCAGGUAUUUUCCUGGACAUAGCAAAAGGGUGGUGGCCUUGUCCAUGUCACCUGUGGAUGACACUUUCAUUUCUGGGUCUCUUGAUAAGACCAUUCGACUCUGGGAUCUGCGGUCUCCUAACUGCCAGGGUCUUAUGCAUCUACAGGGUAAACCAGUUUGUUCGUUUGAUCCAGAAGGAUUAAUUUUUGCUGCAGGUGUCAAUUCUGAAAUGGUUAAGCUUUAUGAUCUUCGCUCUUUUGAUAAGGGGCCAUUUGCAACCUUUAAAAUGCAGUAUGAUCGGACUUGUGAGUGGACAGGACUCAAGUUCAGCAAUGAUGGCAAACUCAUCCUCAUCUCCACCAAUGGCAGCUUCAUUCGCCUCAUUGAUGCUUUCAAGGGAGUAGUGAUGCACACCUUUGGGGGUUAUGCCAACAGCAAAGCUGUCACAUUGGAGGCCUCUUUCACUCCUGACUCUCAGUUUAUUAUGAUUGGUUCAGAAGAUGGCAAAAUCCACGUCUGGAAUGGAGAAAGUGGCAUAAAAGUAGCUGUUUUAGAUGGCAAACAUACAGGCCCCAUUACCUGUUUACAGUUCAACCCGAAGUUCAUGACCUUUGCCAGCGCAUGUUCCAACAUGGCCUUCUGGUUGCCCACCAUUGAUGACUGACCCUCAUGCUGCUUGGCAGUUUCUGAACUGUGAGGGUUGUCAGCGGGGGAAAAGACUCAGAGGGGACUGAGACAACAGUAGGAUUGGAUCAUUUGACUGAACCACCACCGGCCUCCCCAUGGGUACUCUGUAUCUGCUCAACCAGAAAAGGUUACUUUGCCGAGCUUCUUCAAAAGGACUCUUAGUGCGGCAAAUUCACCCAGGACUCAGACUUUCCAGCCGCCACUGCACCGAGCUCCUCCAGAGGACUGGCCAGGCUCAUGAUCAGGGUACAGUGCGGCCCUCGAGAAGCCUGCCUUCCAUUUUGAAUGUAUUUGCUGCUGAGGAGCCAGUGAAGGUGUCAGUUCUGCACAUCCCUUCCCUACCCCUAUAAAUGUGUGGGAAGCCACGGCUCUGGUUUGGGGGUGGGGGCGGCAGCUCAGUGCCCUUGCCCUCACCCUGCAUGUCUGAUUACUGGGUCUCCCUGUGUUACUGUUGCAUUGUAUUCCACAGCCAUCAUGUUACUUAGGUGCCAAACAUUUACAGAAAUAACUCUUCAUAUGUUUUGGGAUUGUAAAGGGAUAGGUACAGAAGGAUCUUGCUUGCCAUAAAGGCUUCUAAACUAGUGUGUGAAGGUCGGUCAGCUGAGCACACCUCAGGCUCUGGUUGUUGAGUGGGAAAAGGCUCGGGAGCCUGAGAGAGGGGUAGCAGGUGAGUUCCUGGCACUUGGAGGUUUAGCGAUAGCCUAGUGUGGCUCCCCAUCAUUAAGACAAACCCCUGAUUCUCCUAGGUGCCUACUGAGCUUGGCCGUGCGCAGAAAGCAAGGUGGCAGCCUGUUGCAUAUGAUGAACAUCACACUUUCCUGUGGGCCAGUAUUGUGGAGUGAGUUUGCGUUGUUUACACUGAUGCCUUCCCCGCCUACCACAAGUUGUGUACAUAGUCUCCAGACUGCCCAUCCCUCUCCCAGCUCUCGGUUAAGAGCUGGCUAUAGGCCUGUGUUAUAUGUUCUGUUUAGCCUUUUUUUAUAGAUACGGGGGGGGGGGUUCUGUUUAUAUUUUAGCAUAGUGUAGAUGCCUUCAUUUAAAUAUAUCUGCAUACACAUGUGUGUGUGCGUGCGCACAUAUAUAUAUGUUAAAAUACCUGUCGGUUCAGCCGAAGGCGGUGGAGUCCUACAGCCUAGGAGAAAGACUUGCACCCUUAUUAAUAGUGUCUGCCGCAAGUGUUAGUCUUCCCUGUUCCCUUUUCCCUUUGGGAAACUGGGUGAAGCAAAGCUUCAAGUGUUUGCUGUUCCCGUGGCAGCUAAGUGAGGGUCUUUGAAUGGCUUCCGGUGUUCCUCAAGCCCACACUUUGGGGCCCCCUUCGCAGUAUUAGCCCCUUUUUUGCCCAGCAAAUGCUCUGUCCCUGUUAACAUUGGCGAGUCACUUUCCCGUGCCUUUUAUAUCUGGCGUGCAGCGUUUAAGGACAGGAUGCUAGAACCAGAGCAUAUUCUGCUUGUCUGAGGCUUCUUUGACAGGCACAGGCGGCUCCUAUAUAUCUGGUGUAUUUGCUCGCUUUUCCUCUCCUCCUGGGAAAGGGAGGAGUCCCAGUGAGUGGCAGCUGGUCCAUGACCUCUCUUCCCCUGCAUGCCUGUUUUAGAAUGGGAUGAGUGACGUGUUGUUUCAGCAAACUACCAAACAUUUAAGCAGGCAACGCAUUUCCUGCAAGUUCCGAAACUUGAGGUUAAAACUUGCCGCUGGGGGCACGUCAGCUCAGCAUUGAUUCAGUGUCAGUCAUGGGAUGUAAAUCAGUAGCAUUUGCUUUUAAAAAAAAAAAAAUUACUUUCUAACUUGUUCCUCAUACUUAAAGGACAGGAGACCUUUCCAAACUACCUUUCCAAACAAGUUUCUGCUGUGCCUGCCACCCUCUGUAUAGCUGGCUCUGCCUUCUUAGUAGAGGGAUUUUUAGAAAAACCAAAUGAAGCCCAGGAUGUGGCACAGUGGAUAAGGUGUUGGACUCUCCAGCAUGAAACAAUGACCUGAGCUCUGUGUACUCCUGAUUUUCCAGUGCAGAAAAUUCAAGGUAGGGGACUGUUCAAAGUGUGUGCUUAGAACUGUUCACCAGAAAGGCUGCAUAGUUUGUCUGCAACCAGAGCAGCCGCCAAUCAUGACCUGCCUGUGAGCAGGAAAACAAUUUGUAUUGAGUUACUUUAUGCCCCAAACUGAAGCCAUGUCCAUUGACCUCCAUUUAUGGGAACUACGAUCUUUAGGAGCAAGGAAAUAGCUAGAGACGGAAGCCAUCAGAGAGGAUGUGGUGCCGGGAUUAAGGAACAGAAGAGGCUUCGGGCCGCACUCCCAACAGAAGCCAGAGGUGCUCAAGCUCUCCCGUGGGGAGGGGCUACUCUCCACACCGAGUCAGGGCCAAAACCACCGCUUUGUGUGGCCGCGGCACUGCACUCAACCUCCAGCGAGUGGGGUGUUUUUUAACUUCCCUGUUGUAAUCAUAAUUAGUGCUUACUGAGGAGCCCUAAGACUCGGUUUGCCACCCAAAUGUUACCAUUGUUAACUUCUUGGUGAUAAAUGCUCUUUUAGACAUUUCUGUGGAUAGAUUCUUGCUAUUUACAUAGUUGUUAUUCUACUGUAUAUAUGUGUCCUUUUUUGUACUUAACAUAUAAACAUUUUUCCAUGUUACUGGUCUUGAACAGAA